AUGUCGUCUUUUCAAACCGCUAUGCUUUUGUUUUUUGCGGUUACAUCGGCUAUCGUCGCCGUUCUCUUCCAAGCUGGCGCCAUGCCUCCGAGCUCGGCUGUGGCAGCAGCCGUUGGCGUGGGCUCGUUGGUGGGUGCGUCGCUGCUAUGGAGGGACGUCCGCUCCAAGGUGAGAGGCGAAGGCCGGGCCCUGGGAAGUUUGCUCGGCCAGUACCUGGCCAUGAAGGCGGUGGGAUGGCUGGGAAGGCGGCAGCGUUCCAAGCUGGAAGCCGACACAUUGGACGUGAGGACGGUCCAGGAGGAGACCCUGCUUAGCCGCCUCCGGAAGAACGAAAACACACUCUAUGGGAAACGGUUUGACUUCGGUUCAAUUAAAGACAGUGACACCUUUCGCGCACGCCAUCCCAUUACCACGUACCAGCAUUAUCGUGAACUGGUCAGUCGCGUGGCAUCGGGAGAGGACGGCGUGCUCACGGCUGAGAAACCCCUCGUCCUAGCCAUGACUUCCGGGACGUCUGGACCUAGCGCCAUGCUGCUAAGCACCAAAGACACCAACAGUGACUUCUUCCUUCAGGGUGUGGCGGUGUGUCUGGACGCCAUGCAGCGAGCGUUCCCGGCCACAGACAGCCUGCAACGCACCACCAAGUUCUUCUACACGCCGACGUUCCGCCAGUCCCAGGCCGGCAUUCCGAUCGGGCCUAAUUCGUCCACGCCGGCCUCUUCUCGACACAUGCUACACCUUUACACGACACCAGCGGCUGCCUUCAAGGUGAAGAAUGAGAAGGACGUGCUCUACCUGCAUCUUCUCUUUGCACUAAGGGAUCCUAGUGUGGGGACGCUUGAGUCCAACUUUGCCUCCAGCGUCUUCUAUGCCUUCACCACUUUACAGGAGCGCUGGGAGGAACUAAUAGAGGAUGUGGAGCGUGGAACCGUGAGCGCCGCGCUCAAUCUAGAGCCCGACAUCAGAGCCGAACUUGAGGCCUUGAGCCGGCCUGACCCUGAGAGAGCAUCCCAGGUCCGGGCCUGCUUCAGGGACAGUUUUCGAGGGAUUGCCGGGCGCCUGUGGCCCCGCCUCAACUUGAUUCUGGCAGUUGACUCGGGCUCCAAUCAGAUAUACGGAGAGAUGCUGAAGGAGAAUUACUGCAACGGGAUCCCUUUCUACUCACCAUUUUAUGCCGCCACUGAAGGUCUGAUCGGGGUAAACCUCUGGCCCGACGAGCCCCAGCGCCGAUACCUGCUUUGUCCUCGCUCCAUGUUUUGCGAGUUCCUGCCAGAAAACCAAUUGGAGGAGGAGACUGAGGAGGGCACGUUUCUCAUGGAGGAGGUGAAGGAGGGACAAAACUACGAACUGGUGGUCACCAAUGCCGCCGGCCUCUACAGAUAUCGUAUUGGCGAUGUGGUCAAAGUGACGGGGUUCCAUAAUCGAUGUCCUGUGGUGGAGUUUCAGUACAGGCGUGGUCAGAUGCUGAACGUCCGUGGCGAGAAAGUGACGGAAGCGUUGUUCCUGGACGCGUUGAAGAAAGCUGUCUCUCAAUGGCCCGCUGCUCAGUUGCUAGACUACUGUUGUGCUGAGAGUGGAAUUAUGGGGGAUUCCAUAGGUGGCUGCGAUCCUCACUAUCAGGUCUUUUUGGAGCUGAAAGGUGUGAGGAAUCUCAGCGAGGAGCAACGCUACAAGCUGGACGAGUGCCUGCAGCAGGCGUCGGCCGUGUACCGCUCGUUUCGCAUCAAAGGCAGCAUCGGUCCCACGAGGGUGCAGCUGGUGGCGCCCGGCGCCUUUGCCGAACUACGCGAACGCAUGAUGAGCUCAUCGCUAACAUCGGCCAACACAUUCAAAAUGCAGCGCGUCCUGCGGCGGAAGGAGGACGCCCAAUUCCUCUUGGGCAAAACCGUAUCCUGA